AUGUCAUAUCACCAGUGUUUAUCUAUCCCUCCUAGUCUAUUCUUAGCUAAUUCAAUCUCUCUCUCUCUUUCUCUCCAUCUCUAUCUAUCUAUCUAUCUAUCUAUCUAUCUAUCUAUUUUUAUAAUGCAUCUCGACGCAGCAGAUUGGCGUGUGACAAUCCUCCCAGAACAUUUGUGUUGUUGUAAAAUCCACAAUAACCCACUAAAAUCCAUUUUCUUUUCUUUUUUCUUUCUUUCUUUCUUUUUUUCCCCUUUUCUUUGUCCUCUUUUCUGUUUACACAUUUUUUUUCUACUUGUGUCUACACCAUACGAACAACAAAAGCAUCCAUCUUCUCUUCUACCUUCUCUUCCACUGCCGACACCGUCUUCCUACCACAGUUGCUUCCCUUCUGUCAAAGCAGGAAAUUUUCACUACCACCAUCACGACGACUCCUACCGCUAUGACGACCGUAACUACUGGGAAACUUCUUUAUCAUUGCCGCUGCUCCUGCUUCUGUCAUCCUUAAUCUUACCACCGCCAGCCACUGCCACCAUAUCUUUGUUUCAACGUACUUUAUUUGUAAUCUCUACUUCUUCCCCACUUUCGCCUCUGCCACCUCCUUCUCGCUUCUUCUUCGUCUUCUUCUUCUUCUUCUUCUUCUUCUUCUUCUUCUUCUUCUUCUUCUUCUUCUUCUUCUUUAUUUGUGGCCUUUUCUUUUUCUAUUUCGUCUCCUUUUAUAGACUCUUGCUAUUCUUCUUUAUUUGUAACCUCUUCUUUUUUCUUCUUUAG